UAAAUAUUUGUGCAAUAAUCUUUCUAAUAAACUUAAUAACCUAAUUUUAUAUUACAAUAUGCAAUUUGCAAUAUGCUGACACAAAACAUCCGUUCGCGUUUGCAAAGUCAACGAUUUCGCAAUAAAGCAUAUCACAUGUUUUUUACAAUAUUUCACCGAGAAGCUCAUUCACUCCAUAUCACUGCUCGUCUUCAGACUACCGACGGGUUAAUUAUUUUAUGAUGCAAAACUCCGAUAUGAACAUCAUGCUUCCCCCGUUCACCUAUGAUCCCUGGGAGGGAUUAACACAAGCUUGUCCAGAUGUCUCGGGGCAGGUUGGCGAGCCUCAAACCUCCCGGGAAAAGAGGGUUAGACGGAAGACUGAGCAACCGACACGAAAGAAGGCACGUAGUUCAGCUAAGUCCUACGUCAUUUCUAAGGAGCGAACUAGAGGCUUACGACUUAUACAAAUAAAAGUGUGCGACCUGACGAGUGAGCCUUCCUGUUCAACGGCAUGGGAUCCGGAUGAGCACAGUGAAAGUGACGAUAAUGUGAUGCUUAGUGCACAGUAUGUAGUGACUGAAAAUUAUGAUGAAAUAAUGGACAUGACUGAAUCAGUUAUUAAAAAAAUCUCUAAAAAUUUGUGUAAUGAUAAUCUUUAGUAUUUAGUUUAGUUUAUAAUUAAGUGUAAUUAUGAAAAAUGUUUAGU